UUACAGAAUAAUGUUCCAAAAUUUGUGGUUCGCUUAAAAAUAUUUGCUUUACUCUGUGUUAUUUCUUUCACAAAACAAAGAUGGCUGGCAUUUACGAGAAAAGUGUGACAGACUUCAGGCGAAAAUGGGACAAAGACGAAUACGAAAAGAUAGCGAAAGAGAAGUUAGAGGCAGAGCAGAUGGCUUUACUGGAGAAGGAACUCAAGGAGCCCCCUGUGAAAAGAGAACUUCUCCAACCUAGAGAGUACAAGGUCGAUCUCGAUUCAAAACUUGGCAAGUCUCAAGUGAUCACCAAGACAACACCGGCCUCCCAACAAGGAGGGUAUUACUGUAAUGUGUGUGACUGUGUAGUGAAGGAUUCCAUCAAUUUUCUGGAUCACAUCAAUGGCAAAAAACAUCAGAGAAAUUUAGGCAUGUCCAUGAAAAUUGAGAGGUCGUCUUUAGAUCAGGUGAAGAAAAGAUUUGAAAUGAAUGUGAAAAAACAGGAGGAGAAAAAGAAGGAAUACGAUUUUGAAGAGCGAAUGAAGGAGCUAAAGGAAGAGGAAGAGAAGCAGAAGGCAUACAGGAAGGAGAAAAGGAAGGAGAGGAAGAGGAAAGCCGACGACUCAACAGGACUGAAUAUUAAUGUUGAUCCAGACAUGGCAUCUGUGAUGGGAUUCUCCGGUUUUGGCACGACUAAACCCCCAACAUAACUCAAAGGGCAGUCACCAAUGUGUUAGUGGACAAACAGUCACCAAUGUGUAGCGGAGGAACAGUUGUAACGCUCGUUUUUGUUGAGUGUUUCCAUAUCUGCAGAACUGGGAAUUUCUGCUUAAUUGUGCAGAGAACAGAGUUUUUGAAACAGUUAACAUAAACUGCUAAAAACAGUUAAACAGAAUUUGUAAUUUGAAUUGAUACUUUACAUUUCAUCUAGAUUUUCUGAAAUAUUGGACGGUAAAGUUGUUGCUGUUAACAAUUCGCUGUAUAAAACAGCUGACAUGUGAAGCGAUCUAUAUAUAUACAUUCAGAGAUUCUUUCAAAAAACAAUAACCAGAACAUUUUGGACACAAAAUAUUGGUUCAGGGUUCUGUACAUACUUCAUUUUUGGAUGAUCGUAAAAUAAUGUGAUAUGUUGUUAUUUGUUAGUGAAAAUAACAAAGAUGUACACUGUAAUUUAUUGUAUUACAUAUUCAUUAACUUACAAAAAUUUUAAACAAAACAAAUUCUAUCAUCCAUUAAUUGUACUUAAACUUCAAAUUUCAAACUGUUGCACAUUUUACUGUAGUCCAGAAUCUCUAGGGCUUUUAAUGACGUGUGUAUCACUUAUAUCUGUUGAUCCAUGUAGCAAAUAUUUAGAUGGAAUCCUAUUGUUAUUUUAUAACUGUAACAUCUGAAAUAAUGUAAGAAUCAUAACAAUAUAGAAAAGAAUUUCUUAAUCUGCUGAAAAUUGUUAGAUUUAUGUCUCGAGUUGAUUCUGUGUGCCACAAAUGAUUGGGUGUAUACUGUGGAGCUGUAUGAUGAAAAGUUAUAACAGAAAAGUGGCCCUGUCAGCUGACAGAAAUCAUGUUCACAUAAAAAGCAUCUAUAUGGCACAAAAUCAAGUUCACAUGGAAAGCAUAAAAUCAUGUUCCCAUAAUAGCAAGCACCUAGUGAUGACUUCAAAACACAUAUUAGUGAAAAUUCCUUCCUACAGGUAGGAAUAUUGGAAUUUCAGAUAGGAUAUUUUUGUUGUUAGCAUUCUUUUACCAUAAUUAGAAUAAGAAAUUUGCUUUUACAUUAAACAAUUUUCAUAAAUUAAGACUUGUUCAUGUAAUCACCAUCUAUCCAGUGCUUUUCUAAACAGGAAAAAAAUCAAUUCUAACUGUUAUAGACACAUUUUCAUAAAGUAAGGGACUUUUUACACUACAACCAAUUGUAGGAUAUAUUGUGAUUUAUGCGAGUGAGUUUCACUCAAGUUCAAAAUAAAGGGAGACAACAAACUAGGAAGACAUCGUGGGACAAUAUCACAUUAACACAGCAAGUCUGUAUGAAACAAGUCAACACAGCAUGUCUGUAUCAGUUUAAGGGCGAGUGAAAAUGAAUUGGGAUAUGAAACUGUGAGAUUGUCUGAACGGGAGAGCGCGGUGAAAUGAUAAUUUUUGAUGUGUGUCUGUAGACUGGUACAUUUUAAAUCAUAAUAAAAUAUCUUGUAUAUAAAUA